CUUUUCAAACAAAUUCUCCCGCCCUCAGGCUUCACUGAGUUUCAUUCCAACGGAAGAUUCAUUGAACAUUGUUGUUUAAGUCUAGAUCAAAAUGGUUGUAGUUGCUUAUUAAAGAGGUUAGAGGGUCUCAGCUAUAGGCGAUGCGUGCGCCUAGUAGAUUGAGGGAUGGAUUCCUUUUGCUCCAAAUUCUGAACCGACCUGUAGCUGCGCAUCUGUACGUUUCUCUCUUGCAGGAGGCUCUCAAGACCAAAAAUUUGUCAAAUGCGAAAUUAGUGCAUGCCCACAUGAUUGAGAAGGGAUUUGUGCUUGAUGAUGGCUUAUGGAAAACUCUCCUCCAUGCUUAUGUUGCGUGCCCCAGCCUGCAUUGCGCUCGCAGAGUUUUCAAUCAAAUGCCAACACGAAACGCCUUCUCGUGGACAGUUCUCAUUUCAGCUUAUGUCAAACAUGGGUUCGCAGAAGAAGCCCUAAGUUUGUUUCACCAAAUGCAGAAAACAGACGUACAAUCUGAUGAAUUUACAUUUGCUAGUGUUAUUCCGGCAUGUACGCAGUUGGCAGCCCUGCAACAAGGCAUGGUGAUCCAUGGACAAAUAAUAAGAAGUGGGUUUCAAUCUGAUGUCUUUGUUGCUGGUCUUCUCAUUGACAUGUAUGCCAAAUGUGGGAAAAUUGAGGAAAUACGCGAAGUGUUUGACCAAAUACCCCAACGAGAUGUGGUCGUGUGGAAUUCAUUGAUUGCAGGAUAUGCACUGAGUGGGUAUGUUCAUGAAGCUCUGAAGAUCUUUGAAGUAGCACCUCAACGAGAUGUGUUGUCGUGGAAUACCAUUAUUGGUGCCUGUGCGAAGAAUGGAGCUUUUGAGGAGGCAUCGGCAUUGUACCUAGGAAUGCGAAGAACAGGGGUUCUACCCGAUCAUUUUACUUAUGCCAGUAUACUUCCUGCUGUUGUAAGCCUGGGCCAGGGUAUGGUAAUUCAUGGGGAUAUGAUCAAAAGUGGCCUUCGUUGUGAUGUUUUUUUGACAGAUGCGCUUAUUGAGAUGUAUGUGAAAUGGGGUGACAUGGAGAAGGCACGUAAUGUGUUUGACAAAAUGCCUCAUCGAGAUGUUGUGUCGUGGAAUUCAAUAAUUGGAGGAUACGCACAGUGGGGGAAGGUCGAUGAGGCUGCAUGCCUCUUUCAGGAAAUGCCCAAACGGGAUUUGUACUCAUGGAAUACUAUGAUUACGGCUUACUCAGAGGGUGGACCUUUCGAGGUGGCCUUGGGACUCUACUUGAAAAUGCAAAAAAUAGGUGUCCAACCUGACCAUUUUACUUUUGCCAGUGUUCUCCGAGCUUGUGCCAAACUAGCAAGCCUGAAAUACGGUAAGGGUAUUCAUGAACACAUAAUCAAUAGUGGGUACCAGUCUGAUGUUUUUGUGGCAACUGGGCUAAUCGAUAUGUAUGCAAAAUGUGGUGACAUGGAGAAGGCGCGCUAUGUGUUUGACAAGAUGCCUCAACGAGAUGUCGCAUCAUGGAAUGCUAUAAUUGGUGGUUAUGCACAGAAUGGGCAGAUUGACGAGGCCGUGAAUGUUUUCAGUGAUGCACAGGAUCGAGAUGUCAUUUCAUGGAAUAUCAUCAUUGCAGGUUUUGAUAAAAGUGGGCUCCCUCAAGUAGCAUUAAUGGUGUUUUCUGGAUUGCACAGAAAGGGAAUUCAACUCAAUGAGUUCAUCUUCAAGAGUGUUCUAACAGCAUGUUCCAGAAUGUCAGCUCUAGAACAGGGUAUGCAGAUACAUGCCAACAUCAUUAAGUGUGGAGUCAACAUGUUGAUGACAGCUUGUAGCUUUUUAAAAAUUCCCUCAACAAAAUAUGGCCUUGUAUCAUUGCGGUUGUUGCUUAUGCCAAGGAUGGUCCUUUUUAAGGAAGCGUAUGAACCAUCAAUGACAUAUGAGGGGCAUUGAAGACAGAUGAUGUAUAUGCAAAAUGUAGUUGCAUGGAGAAGGCACAAUUUGCAGGCAAAAAGUGUGACAUAGAGAAGCACACAAUGUGUAUGCAAAAUGCAAUGACAUGGAGAAAGCAUCAUGUGAAUGACAAAUCCAGCAAUAUAAAGAAGAGGCACGGUGUGUUUGACAAAACAGUUUAAUUAGAUGUUUUUGUUAUGCGAUGCUACUUAUAUACAAAAUGAUCAGUUGAUGAGGCUGCAGAGUCACAUUCAGGAAAUGCCUGAAUGAAUAUGGUUUCAUAUAAUACAAGGAUUUAUAUGGUAGGAAUGGGCUCUAUAAUGUUCCUCUUAAUACAUAAUUACCUGGAAAUUUCAUUAUAAGAAUACGGAGCAUAUGCCCAUCCACGUAUACACAAUUUUUGGUGAUUACAUUUAUAUAUAACAUAGCUAUCUCCUUUUCUA